AUGGAAGAAGAACGUCAAAAUCUCCAUAAACCCAUCUAUGGAGUUCCGCGAAAUCACAAGAAUUCUCAGUCACAGCGAGAUCUCUCUUGCUACUACGGUCUAAGGGAAAACCCAAAGAAGAAAACCCAGGAAUCUUUUGGAUUAGAAUCGCCAGAACUGACGAAGAAGAUUUUGUUCCGAUGCGGAGAUUGUGGAAAAGGGUUUCGAUACGAGAAGUGUCUUUCGAAUCAUCAAGAGGGGAUGCAUUUAUCGACGAACCAGAGGGCUUAUGAAGAAUCGAUCAAGAGUCUGUGUAGUAGCUUCGGUCUUGUGAGGAAGAAGAAGAGGUCGAGAGUUAUCAGGUACAAGAAGACUCCAUUGUCUUGUUCGUUCACUACAUUUGUUGAAUCGCCUUCUGUUUUCGCUGCGAAUGAUGAAGAAUUAGAAGUGGCAGAGUGUUUGAUUCUAUUGUCUAAGAGUAGUCCCAAGUUUGUAGUAGACGGACAGAAACUUGUUAGUGAAGCAAUGGGUGCAAAUCCUGAAACGCGUCGAUGUUGUUUGAGCAACAAGAAACCACGAAAAGCUGAUGAAUUUAAAUCUGGGUUUUCAAGUAAUGAGCAGAAUCUUAUGGAAGAAAGGUUUAGUAGAUAUGAAAGAUCGAAAGAACCAGCUGAAUUCGAGUCUGGGUUUUCGAGUGAUGAGCAGAAACUGGUGCAAGACGAGAUUAGUAGUGAUGAAACAUCAGAGGAGCCAGCGAGUUUCUUGGGAGAAAAGAGUGGAUUGGAUCAGUGGAAACUGCAGAAAUCUUGUGACUUUGAAUCUGGGUUUUACAGAACUGAGCUUGGAGUAGGAGAUAUGGAGUGUUCUGAUUCAGAUACUGGAUCUGAUAAGAGGAAUGUUGAGCAUCAAUGCAAGUUGUGCAACAAGGUGUUCUCGUCAUAUCAAGCUUUAGGUGGUCAUCAGACGUUUCAUCGGAUGAGCAAAAGUAAGAACAAGAAGAAUCGCAGAGAGGAAUCAGUAGAAGAGCCUGAGGUUGAGUCUGUUACUGAGAAGAAAGAGAAGAAGAGGCACGAGUGUAGCAUCUGUUCAAGGAAUUUCAGCUCGGUUCAUGCUUUAGGUGGUCACAAGAAGUGUCACGGCAAGAGGCAACAGUCGAAAACAGAGCAUGAGCAUGAGGGUUUGGGGCUACUCAGUGUUGUUCCUGGUACUGAUGGAAUCAAGUUUUACUGA